AUGAGUGUAACCCUUUCAGAGCCUAAGUCAUCUGUCAUUGUCAACGGACGUCGUCGCAUAACAUCAAAGUUUGUCGAUGGCGGUGAGAUGAUUGAGGAAUAUGACGUCAUUACUGAUGACCUUCUACUUCGCAAGUACCGCUCAAGGACCACACUUGGAGGGUUUAGCGCUUGGGAAGUUGAGGUGGGAAAUGAAGCCUCAACGCGUAACUUGGACAAAGAAUUAGUUGUGGAGACAAGUGGCAGCCCAGAAGUGGUAAAACAGGAUGCGUUGGAGUUUUAUGUGUUCCGCAUACGCAAUCUUCCAUACGCAAAGGAGGUGUUUAGUGUUGCCGUAGAGCAUAGCAAACCAACCGAUAUGGGGGAAAUUGUGGUGCGUACGAGCAACAAAAAAUACUUCAAGAGGCUCUCCAUACCUGAUAUGAACCGACGUAACCUUAAGUUGGAUCCUGCUCAACUCUCCUUUGAUGUACAGCACAACACGCUGAUUAUUCGGUACAAGAAGCCCCUAGUGGUUCUUGCCGCAGAAAGUGCGGCAAAGAAGGAACGAGCCUCGCUCCCAGCGAAACGCAUCGAUGAUGCCGACUCUAGGACCAGUUGCAAUCAGCAAUAG